UCUUCAACAAUGACUGGCCGCGGCAAGGGAGGAAAAGGUCUAGGAAAGGGUGGCGCCAAGCGUCAUCGCAAGGUUUUGCGUGAUAACAUCCAGGGAAUCACCAAGCCCGCUAUCCGUCGUCUGGCUCGUCGUGGAGGAGUCAAGCGUAUCUCCGGUUUGAUCUACGAGGAAACUCGUGGUGUUCUGAAGGUGUUCCUGGAAAACGUGAUCCGUGACGCUGUUACCUAUACUGAACACGCCAAGCGGAAGACCGUCACUGCCAUGGACGUCGUCUAUGCCUUGAAACGCCAGGGACGCACUCUUGGAACCGCAUUAUUUGCUAAAACCAACUCGACAACCAUGGCUCGUACCAAGCAAACCGCUCGUAAGUCCACCGGAGGAAAAGCUCCUCGCAAACAGCUGGCCACUAAGGCUGCUCGUAAGAGUGCUCCAGCCACCGGAGGAGUCAAGAAGCCUCAUCGUUAUCGGCCAGGAACCGUUGCUCUGCGUGAGAUCCGUCGUUACCAGAAAUCCACCGAGCUGCUGAUCCGCAAGUUGCCCUUCCAGCGUCUGGUUCGUGAAAUCGCUCAGGAUUUCAAGACCGAUCUGCGUUUCCAGAGCUCGGCCGUCAUGGCUCUGCAGGAAGCUAGCGAGGCCUAUCUGGUUGGACUGUUCGAGGACACCAAUCUGUGUAAAUCUUCAACAAUGACUGGCCGCGGCAAAGGAGGAAAAGGUCUAGGAAAGGGUGGCGCCAAGCGUCAUCGCAAGGUUUUGCGUGAUAACAUCCAGGGAAUCACCAAGCCCGCUAUCCGUCGUCUGGCUCGUCGUGGAGGAGUCAAGCGUAUCUCCGGUUUGAUCUACGAGGAAACUCGUGGUGUUCUGAAGGUGUUCCUGGAAAACGUGAUCCGUGACGCUGUUACCUAUACUGAACACGCCAAGCGGAAGACCGUCACUGCCAUGGACGUCGUCUAUGCCUUGAAACGCCAGGGACGCACUCUGUACGGUUUCGGAGGUUAAAUCAUGC